GCUGAUGUGAUGAUAGCAGUGGAGCGCUAAAGUUCAGGAGGUGAUUAACUAGUAAAUUUAAGGUCGUUGUAUUUCUUCAGAAAGGGGGCAGGAGGUGGAGAAAUUAAUUCAUAUUGUCCAUUCCUUAAUUCCUCUGUGAUGAGGAGCUGAAAUUAGCUCUGAUUAGCUUAUUGUUAUUUUUCCGUUCCGCCUUAAAUGCUGCAGCCCGCAGCCACCUGUAGCGUUAUUUAAGGUGGAACUGGAAAGUUAGCUAGUUAGCUAGCUAACAGUUACUGAAACUAACUACUAGCGAUCUUUUUUAUGCUUGUUAUGAAGCAUUCUGCCAUAAAACAUUGAAACUACACGUUAAUCUAAGGUAAUAUAGUGCUUGUUCUGCCAUCUUACCGGUGAUUCUCAAACACCUACGCUCUGUGUGUGUCUGGAAGAUCUCCAAAGGGACAAGCGCUAUCCCCAGGGUUGCCAGGUCCAACAAAAAUACCCAGCCCCAAAUCAGUCUAAAACCCGCCCCUCAGAAUCGAUUUUGGGACAUUUUAAAUCGAUUCUGAAUCGUAGUAAAUGAGAAUCAAGAUUCUUAUGUGAAUCGAUUUUUUGGCACACCUCUAAUUUCUAGCGCAGAAAAACGGGACGGAGAGUCUAAAAGCGGAGAGAGUGCGCAUUUCUAGCGCAGAAAAACGGGGCAAAAGUGUCUAAAAGCGGAGAGAGUGCGCAUUUCUAGCGCAGAAAAACGGGACGGAGAGUCUAAAAGCGGAGAGAGUGCGCAUUUCUAGCGCAGAAAAACGGGGUAGAAGAGUUUAAAAGCGGAGAGGGUGCACAUUUCUAUAGCAAAAAAAAACGGGGCAAAAGAGUCUAAAAGUUGCCUUAAUUAAGGAGUUUAUUAUUACGAGAAAAAUCUUAGUUUACACAACACUGUCAAAGAUAAAGAUAGUAAGUCAAGUAAAAUGGUGUGUAAAUGAAAUAAUCAGGAAAAAGAAUAUUAUUUAAAGUGGUAUAUUUCAUUUUAUUACAGAGUCUGUGGCCCGUGAUAUUUCUCUUUCUGGCCCCCAACAAAAAAAGUUUGGACACCCCUGCUGUAAAUCAUUGUAAUUUGUGGUGUCAUGACAUUGUAAUAAAUCUGAAAAUGCAAGACAAACUUACUGUAAAUCAGGGGUGUCCAAACUACGGCCCGCGGCCAUUUGCGGCCCGUUUCCUUUUUGUGGAGCGGCCCACGAGGUAUUUUAGAAAUAGAAUGAACGUUGGCCCGCUGUUAAGCAGGUUUUUAUAAUGUGAACGUUAUAAAGUUUGAACGCUAGGUGUCAGAAACGUGCCAAAGAGUCUAAAAGCGGAGAGGGUGCGCAUUUUUAGCGCAGAAAAACGGGGCAAAAGUGUCUAAAAGCGGAGAGAGUGCGCAUUUCUAGCGCAGAAAAACGGGACGGAGAGUCUAAAAGCGGAGAGAGUGCGCAUUUCUAGCGCAGAAAAACGGGGCAAAGAGUCUAAAAACGGAGAGAGUGCGCAUUUCUAGCGCAGAAAAACGGGGCAAAAGUGUCUAAAAGCGGAGAGAGUGCGCAUUUCUAGCGCAGAAAAACGGGACGGAGAGUCUAAAAGCGGAGAGAGUGCGCAUUUCUAGCGCAGAAAAACGGGGUAGAAGAGUUUAAAAGCGGAGAGGGUGCACAUUUCUAUAGCAAAAAAAAACGGGGCAAAAGAGUCUAAAAGUUGCCUUAAUUAAGGAGUUUAUUAUUACGAGAAAAAUCUUAGUUUACACAACACUGUCAAAGAUAAAGAUAGUAAGUCAAGUAAAAUGGUGUGUAAAUGAAAUAAUCAGGAAAAAGAAUAUUAUUUAAAGUGGUAUAUUUCAUUUUAUUACAGAGUCUGUGGCCCGUGAUAUUUCUCUUUCUGGCCCCCAACAAAAAAAGUUUGGACACCCCUGCUGUAAAUCAUUGUAAUUUGUGGUGUCAUGACAUUGUAAUAAAUCUGAAAAUGCAAGACAAACUUUAAGAAAAAUUCUUCCAUAGAUGUGAAGAAACUGAGUAAAUGGAAGCUAGACCCAAUUAAGACCAGUCAAAACAAUGUGCUUCAUGUAAUAUGACAAUUGCUUAGCAACCUAUAUAAUGUAUUAAUUGCUGAAGACAUGCCUAAUACUGGCUUUUCUGAAACUUCAACUGAGAAAAACAUACACAACAGUAAAACUCACUUUCUCGAAGCCCUUAAAACAGACAUAGAAGGCUUGUAAAGAACAUUACACAGAAGAAUAUCUGAGACCUCGUUAGCUGUGGAGGUGUUAAAGGAUCUGCAGUCUUUUUCACUGUUGAAUUCAGUGAAAGUUAAUUUUGCAGCCAUUUACUUUAUCUUUACAAUUAAAGUGAGUUUAGCUCAUUACAAGGAGUAAGGUCUCUCAGUGCACACAGUCUCAUGAACAGGUCUAAACCUGGUUGCCUUUAAUAUAUUUAAAGCUCUUAGUUCCAACAAAUAUUAGUCUGAAUGGGCUAAAAACAUUUAUUUUUUUUCUAUAUAUUUUUAUCAUAUAUAGAUAACAUAUUUUUUAUUUAAAGGUGUGCAGUUAAAGUAGAUUGCUCAACCUUAUAUGACGGUAUACUGUGGUUAAGUAAAUUUACUCAUCGAAUAAUAAUCAAAAGGAGAAUGCUUUCAUAAAAAAAUAAAAAAAACAGUCCUGCUUCUUUAGUGUUUUGUACUUUCAUUUUAGCAACUUAAUGCAGUGUGAAAUAAUAUGUUUUGUUAAUACGAGUUUUGUAUAAUGUGUUAUUUUAGAAUAAAUAAAUAUUCAGUAUAUAUUUUGCGUAAUUAAAAUGUUAUCCAGUUGUACUUAAUGAGAUCUGUAUGUAUCUCUAUGCAACUAUUGGUAGAACUUUUAUAUGUGCUGUAUUUCCUUUUUUACAGGCCUCUUUUUCAAAGUUGUUAUGAAGUUAUUUAAUCAGUAUUUUGUGGACUAUCUGACAUAUUUGUGUGGGUUCAUAGGGGCCGACUAUUGUACCUUUACAAGACAAAAAGCCAUGGCUCCUGUUUUAAGAUAAUGAAACUUGUCUGUAAUGCACAGACAAGAAGACUAAUAUUUUAUUAUGAAAUCUAUGUAACAAAUAAAUUCAGUUAACUUAAAUAUUUAAUAGUUCUUUUAUUUCAAUACAGUUGAAAGCAUGUAUGUAAUAUUUUAUAUUGACCUUUUUAUUUUAUAAACCAUCCCUAAACAGUCCAAAACAUGAUUAAAAUGUGUUCUAAAUCACAUUAUAUUAAUAAAGAAUUAGCUGUUACUUCUUACUUUUUUCCAGUGCAGUGGGUGGGGCUAAGUUAUCUGUAUGAAAAUUAACUGUCUACUGGAUAUGACAGUGUAAAUAUUGGGUCUUUAAUGGGUUUUAGAUGAUAUAUAUAUUUUUUUCAAUAAAAAAAGAAAGAGUCACAAGUGAUCAAGUGAUCACUUCUAACCAAUGGAGAUUAAGCUCUGUCGUCAUCAGGGCGUCUCUCCGUUUCCGGCCCCAGGCUGGAGCUACGUCACUUCCUGCCCCAGCUGGAGCUCACCCAGCCGUCUUCUUGUUUGGAAGGGAAAAGCUAGGAGCCUGUACACACACUCACACGCACAUACACAGCAAGCCCCCCUUUCUCUCCACACAAACACCAGUUGACCAAUCCUGCCUUAGAGCAAGGGUAGGACCGCCUAUCUAAUUAACCUACAAAUGCAGAAAUUAAUAAAUAAAUCAAUGCAGAAAUAUGGUAAUACAUAAAUUAAUACAUGAAGAAAUGUGGAAAUAAAUGAAUAAAUUGCAGAAAUAUGUAAAUAAAUAAAUGUAGAAACAAACAAAUAAUUAAAUGCAGAAACACCCCCCAAAUAAAGGUCCAUGCAUGGAAAUAUGGAAAUAGAUUCUUGAAAUCAUUUUAAGUGUGUACUAUUUCGUGAUAAAAUGUUUUUUAUUAAUUAAUUUUCUUAUCUAUACAAUUAUUUAUGCAUCUAUUUAUUUGAUUAUAUAUUUAUUAUUUAUUUGUGCAUUUAUUUGACAUUUUUUGUCCUCCGUAAUAAACUUGUAAGUUACUUUUGAGAUUAGUUAUCCAAGUUAUCCAUAAAGUAAAGUUACUUUUUAAAGGAGCAAUCAGUAAUCAGAUUACUUUUCCAUAGUAACUAUGCCACCACUGGUUACAGCAUAUAUAGUGUGCUAAAACGUUCUAUUCCUUCACAGUUCAGAUGUUAAAGCUGAAAAAAGAACAGCAUGAGUGAGGCACGAUGUACAGCAAUAUUUAAGAACCCAAUUGUCAGUCUUAAUAAAAACAGCCUAAUCUUAAAGGAUAGUUAAGAGGUGGCAAAUGAUAAAACACAUUGUCACACAUAUAAUUACAAAAAUGCCAUAAUAGGAACAUAGAAAGGAAAUGCAAUCAACAUUUUAAAAUAAAUAUAUAUACAUAAUAUAGUCAUAGUAAUAAAAAAAAAAGUUAUAUUGCAGGAUAAUUGUUGCAUAUUGUUGUCUGCCUAAACAAAAAAGGAGCAGACAAAUAAUUUUUUAUUUAAUGGAGAUUAGAAAUAUACAGAUAUAUAGACAUAUACAGUAAAUGCAGUGGUUUAUCUGAACUGCAGAGCGGUAAACUACCACUAUGUGUCGCUGAAACAUCGUCUCUCUUGAAAAGUUCUGAAAUUAAAGUUACUUUAAAUAAGGGGGGAGGGGGGCGCAUGCGCAGAGCUGAACUUGAAUCGAAAGUACCUGGAUGCGUUUUGUUCCUGCGUGAUCAACAAAUGCCCAAAUGGCGAAUAUUCCCCCCAAACUACAAGUGAGGACGGAACCGGAGGGUGGUCCUGAAAAAGACCUUUAUACCCACAUUGCUGAACAUGGCGAAUAUGCUCCUCGUAAGCUGGUGCGGUCUAGCAGCAGUGAAAUUGAACAACCAAACAUGUCUCUGAGGACAAUGGUGUUGGUGGGGAAGACUGGCACAGGAAAGAGCUCCUCUGGAAACACCAUCCUUGGCCGAAAGGCUUUCAAAUCUGCCACAAGCAGCACCUCCGUCACAGGAGAGUGCAGGAAGGAGGCUGGAGAGGUGUCUGGGAGAAAGAUUAUAAUGGUGGACACUCCAGGUCUGUUUGAUACAGAUCUCUCUGAAGAAGAACUGAAGGAAGAGCUCAGUAAGUGCAUUAACAUGACGGCUCCAGGACCCCACGCCAUCAUCUUGACCAUAGAGCUCGGACCCUUCACCAAAGAGGAUCUCCAAACUGUGAAGAAGAUCAGAAAUGUUUUUGGAAAGGAAGCAGACAAAUACACCAUCAUCCUCUUCACUCACGGAGAUGAACUGAAAGGUGGUAUGGGUAUUGAUGGGUAUGUCAAACGACGUGCCAAUGAUGAACUCCGUCAGGUCAUCCAGCAGUGUGGUAAGAGGUACCACGUCUUUGACAACACUAAAAUGAACGACCGCUUACAGGUUGUGGAUUUCUUAGACAAAGUGGAGGAGAUGGUGGUCCGUAAUGGAGGCGAGUGCUACACUAACAGUGUGUAUCAGGAUGUUGAAAAAAGGCUCAGACAAAAGGAAGAAGAAUUACGAAAACAUCACAAGAAGAAUCUGGAGGAGCAGAAGUUGAAGCUGGAAUCCAAGUUCAGAGAGGAAAAGAGGAAACUAGAAAAUCUGAAAGUAUCUGGGGAGGAAAAAGAGAGGAAAAGUAAAGAGCUGGAACUUUUAGAAGAACGGAAGAAAAGGGUUAUGACUGAGUAUGAACGGUAUUAUGAUGAGAAGAUCACAGAAAGCAGACAAGAGGCAGAACAAACAGUGUUUCCUGAGACUGUUCUCAAGGAAAUGGCAAAUCUCAGCAUCUGAGUUUGUAUUGUAUAUAGAGGCCUUAUGUAUAUAUCUAUAUAUAUAGAGGGGAUUACUGUAAAUCAUUGUAAUUUGUGGUGUCAUGACAAUGUAAUAAAUCUGUUUUUAACUUUAAAACAAAUUUGAAGGAAAAUUCUUCCAUAGAUGUGAAGAAACUGAGUAAAUGGAAGCUAGACCCAAUUAAGACCAGUCAAAGCAAUGUGCUUCAUGUAAUAUGACAAUUGCUUAGCAACCUAUGUAAUGUAUUAAUUGCUGUAGACAUGCCUACUACUGGCUUUUCUGAAACUUCAACUGAGAAAACAUAAACAUCAGUAAAACUCACAAAUUAAAUUACACACAGCAGAAUAUCUGAGACCUCAACUGUGGAGGUGUUAAAGUCUCUGCAGUCUUUUUUACUGUUGAAUUUAGUGAAAUUUAUUUUACAGCCAUUUACUGCAACAUCUACGCUUAUUUUUACAAUUGAGUUUAACUCAUGACAUGGAGUAAGGCAUGUUAGUGCACACAGUGUCAGGAGCCGAUCCAAACCUGGUAGAUAAUUGCCUUUCAUACAUUUAAAGCUCUUAGUUUUAAGGGGUAAAACGUUUUAAUUUUUUUCUAUUUAUUUUCAUCAUAUAUAUAUAUAGAUAACAUAUUUUGACUGGAAAUGUAUGCAGUUAAAGUAGAUUGCUCAAUCUUAUAUGACGGUAUACUGUGGUUUAAAAAAAAACUUUUCCUGCUUCUUUAGUGUUUUGUUCUUUCAUUUUUAGCAACUUAAUGCAGUUUAAAAGAAUAUGUUUUGUUUAUGAGUUCUGUCCUAUUGUAUAAUGUGCUAUUUUUGAGUAAAUAAAUAUUCAGUAUUUUAUCUUAA